ACUGCAAUUCCAGUCCAUUACAAUGUGAUAUAUCCAAACAAAACCUACGGAGUAAUGGCGUCCGUAACUUCGCAUCCCAAUUCAGGGAGAAAUCUUCUUCGUCAAUUCAUCGUCGAUCACUCGACCCAACGGCAACGGCGGGCGGCAAAGUACUGCAAUCUGCGAGAAAAGGUGAUGUGUGGAGAGAAAGAGAACCGUCAGCAGAAUUUUGUCUCUUUCCUUCUCUCUCCUCCUCUAACCCCUCAAUGAGUCAACGGGUUGCUCUAUUGCGGUAAAUCCACCACUGAUCCACAUGAACGCAUAAUUGCUGAUUCUAUGUUAUAUAUAAUUUUAUCUAUUUUAGAUUUGCACAUUUGAAGAAUUAACGAAUUGUACUGAGAUGAGUACCUGGAUAAUGGCUAGUGAUAUGUUUAGAAAUUUCACUCUUUUGCUAACAGCGAUUUUAACUCUCUGUUUUUUGCCUUUGCAUUCGAUCUUCUUCUUUUCCUUCUCCAUUCUUCUUAAAACUUAUGCACUCAUUCUUCAUUCCCUCCCUGUAUUGUCCAACUGUAAUUAUAAUCUGUGAUUUGGGGCCUUUAAUUUGUUGUUCUGUGAAGAGUUAAUUCUCAGAGAAUUUGAUAUAAAAGUAAUGCACUUCCACUGAAACAUGGCUUAAAUCUUUGCUGGUACAAUGAAUCUUAAGAUUUAGGAAGUUGUCUGGCAUUAUAUUUAUUACUUUGUACUAUACAAAUUUUCCCUGUGGAGCAGGAAAUAAAAAUGCCUGGUUUUGUCGCUUCUUCGUUUCGAUCAAUUCCAUUAAGCUUGGAAUUGUGUAUACAAUCACCUUUGCUUUAAGCAUCAGAGCGAUUGGGAAAUCAAACUGCUAUCAUAAUGAAGGGCACAAGGCUGAAUGUCAGUACUCAAAUACUAAAUAUAUGAUUAUAUUUGGAGUUGUUCAAGUACUAUUGUCUCAAAUUCCUGAUUUCCGAAGUACAAAGUGGCUCUGCGUCGUAGCUGCAUUCAUGUCUUUAACAUAUUCAUUGAUUGGAUCAGGACUUAGCUUAGAAAAAGUAAUAGAUAAUGGAGAAAUAAAGGGUGGCAUUGGAGGUUGGCCUUCUCCUAAUGCUGUUAAAAAAGUAUGGCCUGUUGCACAAGCACUUGGAAACAUUGCCUUUGCCUUCCCAUUCUCUAUUAUUAUUUUAGAGAUACAGGAUACAUUGAAGGAACCUACAGAGAAGGCCACCAUGAAGAAGGCCUCAAUAAUGGCAGUCUGCAUUUCCACAUUUUUCUACCUAUGCUGUGGAGGAUUAGGUUAUGCAGCCUUUGGCACUGAAACUCCUGAGAACCUCUUGGCAGGGUUUGGUUUUUACGAGCCAUAUUGGCUUCUCGACUUUGCUAAUGUAUGCAUUGCUGUUCAACUCUGUGGAGGAUAUCAGGUGUUCAGCCAGCCAUUGUAUGCAAUUACAGAGAAAUUGCUUCUCAAGAAACUUCCACAGAAUCACUUUUUUGUUAGGGAUUAUAAUCUGAAACUCAAUAAGCAUUUACCAGCUUUCAGAUUUAGCUUCCUGAGAGUGAUCUUUCGAACUACCUAUGUUGCUAUAAUCACUGGGAUUGCCAUACUGUUCCCUUACUUUAACCAGGUUGUGGGAGUUGCAGGAGCAAUAACCUUCUGGCCUAUAGUUGUGUACUUCCCAGUGGAGAUGUAUCUAAAGCAGAAAAGGAUUGAAUCUUGGACAACCAAGAAGAUUCUUCUUCGUACGUAUUCCUAUGUAUGCUUGGUGGUUAUCCUAUUUGCCCUUGUUGGUUCCAUCAGAGGUUUAAUUAUUGCCAGGCUCAGCUAGGACACUAUUUGGGCAUUUCAACUCUUCUUAAUACUUGUUACUUGUAGUUAUACACAUAACAGUGAUUUUGAAGUUUAAUUUGUAUUACUCUGCGGAUUAUCGAUGGAUCUGAACUCUUCCACUUUAUGUUUUCUUUGCUGGUUGUGUAAGUGAUCUUAAAAUUUUCUCCUCAA